CUUGAAGGUGCCAAAGCGCACUUGAUCGAAAUACCGCCCAUUUCCAUUUUCAUUUUGCUGCUGGACGGGCGAGGACAGCAUGGCGGGAAAGCGCAAGGCGACGACGACCGAGGACAAGCCCGCAGCGAAGCGUGCGACGCGUGCGUCCAAGAAGGCUGGCGACGCUACGGGCGAAGCGCCCGCGCCGGCGCCCAAGAAGGCGCAGCCGGCCGGCUGGGACUUUUUGAAAGCUCCCAAAGGCGACCAGCUCAAGAAGCCGGCCAAGAAAGCAGCGGCGCCGGUCGCCGACGCAGAGUUUCCGACGCUCACGGACGACGACCUCAAGGCUUUUGACGGUAUCAUUCCCGCGCCGUCAUCGUCGGCGCAGUACCGCGUUCUCGCCUGGAACGUCAACGGGCUCCGUGCAGUGCUCAAGAAGGACAACUACUUUCGCGCGUACAUUGCACGUGAAGAUCCCGACGUACUGUGCUUGAGCGAGACCAAGAUCGACGACGCGUCGCUCGGUGCGGUCCGCAACAUUCUGCCGCUGUACGAGUACCAGUACUGGAAGUGUGCGACGCAAAAAGGGUACUCUGGUACGGCCGUGUUCGCCAAGACCAAGCCGCUCAGCGUGCUCGACGAAAUCGUUGUCGAUGGCCAAGUCGACGACGAAGGCCGCUUCCUCGCGCUCGAAUUUGACAACUUUUGGGUCGUCCACACCUACGUGCCCAACGCAGGCCAAAAGCUGGACCGGCUCGAGUACCGCACCAAGAAGUGGGACACGGCUCUCUUUGCCAAGCUCAAGGAGCUCGAACAAGCCAAGCCCGUCGUGUGGUGUGGCGACUUGAACGUCGCGUACGAAGAGAUCGACAUCCACGACCCCAAGGGCAACCGCAACAAGUCGGCGGGCUUUACGGACGCCGAACGCGAGAGCUUUGGCUCGCUCCUUGCCGACGGAUUCAUCGACACGUUCCGGUCCAAGUACCCCGAGACGCAAACGUUCUCAUACUUUUCCUACCGGUUUGGGGCGCGCGAGAAGAACAAGGGCUGGCGCCUCGACUACUUUGUCGCCUCACGCGCGCUCUUGCCGCACGUCGAGGACUCUGCGAUUCGGUCGGCGAUCACGGGUAGCGACCACUUGCCCAUUGCCCUCACCUUGAGCGGCUUCGACGCCUAGCCAUGGCUGCAACUCGACAGUAAACUCGACGUCAAAAUGCAUUGGUCCAUCGAAACUCCA